UCACUCCCCCUCAAAUGGGACCCAGAGUUUUGUCUUGCCAGCUCAAGAGCCAGGUGCUACUUUCAGAUUCCACAAUGUUAAGAUCUCUCACACGCAAGAAGAUAAGAUUCAUACCCCAAAACACAACCCAACCUCAGCUUUUGGUAUUUCCGCAGCAUGAAUGAAACUUCCGAACAGAUCAUAUUUUCAGAACUCAACGAUGGGUUGUAAAUUAAACCCCUCAACCUCACCAGUUUUCUGCAAAUUUCAACCUAGCAAACCAGAGCUUAGAACAAAAUAUUUAUUCUUCUCUUCUUCUUCUUCUUCUUCUUCAUUCUCUUUCAGCGACAAAUUACAGAGGAUCAGAUAUUCAAUCACAGAUCUUGAAGUUCCAAGUACCAAGGCUAACAGUUAUACUGUUAGUUUCAGUACAGAGAGGGAUUGCAGACUUGGGAUUUCAAGGUAUCCUGAUUUUGAGUAUAAUGCACAAGGAGGAAGAGGAACAGGAUCUGGGGAUAAGGUAAGAAACAAAGACAACGUAGCUGACAGCGAACUGUUUGUUUCAUUUGAUCUUGAGACUCUGUAUAUUCCACCAUUGACAAGUUCUACAACCAAGUUCUUGGGUUUGCCAUUGCCACCAUUUCUGAAGAUUGAUAUUGUCCCUCUCGUCUUCCAAGGAAUCAUCAACAAGCAAUCUGGCAAGGUUGACCUUGAAUUCAAGGCCAAGUUCUUGUUUUCUGCUGGGAGUGUCUACAAGGCUCCUCCUUUGCUGGUGAAGACAGUGCUGACAUCUGAGGAAUCAAAAGGAGCUAUGAAAAGUGGAAGAGGCAAAAGACUGAAUGAAGAAGGCAAAUGCAAACUUGUUGGUGUGGCAACAGUUGAUCCCAUUCAUGAUUUCUUCAUGAAUUCCUUCCUUGGCCUUCCAACUGAGUGCCUAGCAGAGCUCAAUUCUUUGAUCAUCAUUUCUAAGUCAUCAUAAUUUUCUCAUUAUGUCAUAAAUUUUGACCUUUGUUAUAACCUUUUUCUAUCCCUUAAGUUGUUGUCUAAAUACAAGAAGGGAAAAGAUUGUUCCAAAUACUAAAAGAGUCAUAGUUUUGCCA